AUGGAAACGUCUCUACCGCUCGCCAUCUCGCACCAGACUAAAGAGGAAGGCGACUCGGUAAGCAGCGUGCACGUCUUGCGUCCCGCGUGCUUCGAGGCCUCGGCCAUUACCUCCGGCGCUCGCGGCACAAUCGCGGCAGGGAAAGGCAGCAGCAACACCAAUGUCGACGCAUCCCCCAAUGUCGCUCGUGUCGUGACAGGGAGCGUGGAGUACUACCUGACCGACUGUAGCCCCCACAUCCAGGGCAUCCAUUCUCCUGUCUUGCCGACAUACAGCAGCAACAAGCCCGCGACUAGCGCCUGCGCCACCCCUAGUGGUUGUCUCGUGGUACCGGUGCCUGGUGCACCGCAGGAAGCUAUACCCACGGUGAACUCGCCGUCGGUGCCGACCGUCAGUGCCAACGGCCGUCUCAAGGUCUCGAGCCGCCUUGGCAACAUCAGCACUGGUCCAUGCCACGUUGAUGCCGCCGGCUCGUGGGCCGCCUCCAACUGCCUCCUGAAGACGUUAGACAACUCCGGCAACGGGAUCUCUCCACUCUUGCUCGCACCUGGGAACAGCCCCCACGACUGCGGCGCCGACCCCCGGCUGCUCAUCUCGGAGAGCUCGUCGACAAUCGCUGACGAGCUCGAGAACGAUAAGCCGCCUCUCUCCAGCACCGGCAAGGGGAGUGAAGCGAAGCGCUUCUUCGGCGCGACGCCACGCAGCGGAGAGUUCUCGCCGCUGAUCGAGUGGCUGCUGCGCCGUGGCGAGCGCGGUGACGUCGGUGCCCCGACGGCAUCGCAGAAAGACGGCGACGAGUACACGCAGGCGAGCUUCUUCAACGAGGACUACAUCAUGAAUUUGUGCGCUGCGGCGACGGCGGUGCUGGGGAAGGAGCCAGCGCUGCUGGAUCUGGAGGUGGUAGCGCACGACACGCUGGUGGUGGUGGGCGACAUCCACGGCCAGUUCCAGGACCUCUACACGAGCGUGCUCUGCCAGCAGUACGACCGGCGCCGUUGCAACCCCGAGGGACGCGACUGCCGCUUCCUGUUCAUGGGUGACUACGUGGACCGUGGCCCGCACAGCCUGGAGGUGGUGCUGCUGCUGCUGGCACUGAAGGUGGAAUAUCCGACGCUAGUGUACCUGACGCGUGGCAACCACGAGGAGGAGAAGACGUCGCGCGUGUACGGCUUCUUGACGGAGGCGACGUCGUCGCUCGGCGCCGCGGCCGGGACGGCGGUGUGGAGUGCCGUGAACAAGGUGUUCCUCGACCUGCCGCUGGCUGCAAUUGUGCAGACACUGUACAUGCGCUUCUUUGUGACCCACGGCGGCCUCUCGCCGGGCUUGCAAAAUGUGGAGGAUGUCGCGAGCAUUGAUCGCCACGCGUAUGGCACCGGGGAUCUGUCGAAGGAGGCGCACGAUAUUGUAGAUGGCCUUCUCUGGUCCGACCCGUGCAUCAGCACGGGCUUAUUCUCUGUUAGCUCGCGAGGGUGCGGGUGGGACUUUGGCCCUGCUGCGUCGAGCGACUUCUGCAGCAGAAACAAGCUCAAUUUUAUUUGCCGCGCGCACCAGGUAGCGAUGGAUGGGUACUUCUGGACGCACAACGACCGCGUCGUGACGGUCUUUUCCGCACCGAACUACUGCGACAUCAACAAUAACCGUGGUGCCGUCAUGGUAGUGUCUGGAGAGGCGAACAAGCCGUCCUUUGAACAGUACGACUGCUGCGAUGAGAGGGACUGGCCGUGUCUGGACUCGUGCUUUCCACACGCCUCUUUCUUCUAG